CUGAACCAAUUUCCCCUAUCAAUUUUUGAAUGAAUUGUUCCUUCAGGAUAUGGUAUGCCACGGGUCUGUCACUUUACUGUACUGGUAGUUGUAGUCUUUUACUCUACAAUCCAAAUACAUUUUCAGACGCAAAGAACUCCAUCCCCCAGACACCAGGCCCAUCGCUCCUCCCACUUAUCUCAGCUCGCCUGCCCUCCCACUUUCUGUUGGUCCGCGGGGAAGUCGCAAGAUGGCCGACGUCGCGUGAAAGUAUGUUCCUCUCCUCAACAUGAAGUCGUGAGUGAGACAGAGAGCGAGGGAGCUUACGUCGGGCUUUUGUUUUUGUUUUAUUUUAGUUGUUUUACUUUAUUUUCCCCUUAAUUAUUCAUCUCAUUCCGAAUCGCGGCAGCCCCCGAUUUGUCUCGACUAGUUUGACGCGUCAAUCACGCCGGGAUCUCGGCUAUCUGGCUAACUGCGCGAGCUAGUCUGUUAGCCACAAACUGUAGCUCUUAUAACUGUCAUCCAUCACAGGUCAUACUGUUUUACUAGCAGCUAGAGUUAGUUUUGAAUCACCUAACGGUUAUGUUGGAUAGCAACGGUGUAGUUGUUGUUUAGUUUGAAGCUAGAAAGGUUACAAAUAGGAUUAUACUUUGAUGUUACCAACAUUGUCGACAUCCUAACUUUAGCGUCCGCGCCGUUAUCCUCAUCGUUACGUUGUAGACCGUGCAACACUAUAAUUGAUCAAAACAGAGAGACUGUUGCGGGAUUACACUAUUGACACAGUAAGGAAUGGACACUGAUUGCACUUAAACGACCAAACGUACAAAAUAGCCACGCGUAUCUGAAAUCUUACAGGGGGUCGGUCGGCACUUGCUUUUGUAGGAUAAUUUGACGUUACCAGACAUUUCAACUCUUUAGUUAUCCAAGUAUAACCGGACAGAUCUAGUUCUGAGCACACAACCUAGAAAUCAGCUUCUUAACAAGAUUCAUCCAUCUCACGCGAUCAGACACAAUAUGGGAGUGCAAGGGUUUCAGGAGUAUUUGGAGAAACGCUGCCCUGGGGCGGCUGUUCCAGUAGAUCUACUCAAGCUCGCCCGAACCGCAGGCCGUCAGCCCCCACACCUCCACCACCCUCACCCUCACCCUCACCACCACCAUCCCCAUCAUCCCAGCUCGCUGCCUCCGCCUCCCCCGCCAGCGCGCAUUCUGGUGGACGCGGACUCCGGCCUUCAGCGGCUCUACGGGGGCUACCAGACCGACUGGGUUUGUGGAGGCGAGUGGAAUGCAAUGCUCGGCUAUCUGGCGGCGCUGUCCCAGGCCUGUCUGUACCAAGGCGGACUGGAGCUGGUGGUGGUGUUUAACGGUACGCUUGGGAAGGACCGCUGGCCGGAGUGGGCGCGGCGGGCGCAGGGGCAGCGACAGACCGCACAACUCAUCGUCAACCAUGUCGGAAGCAAGGCGACGCCCCCCCCGCGGGCCUGGUUCCUGCCCCCGGCCUGCCUGAGCCACUGUGUCCGCCUCGCCAUGUUCCGGUUCCGCGUGCGGGUGGUGCAGACCCUGGAGGACCACCAUCAGGAGGUGCUAUCCCUGUACAGAGACUAUGGUUUUCAGGGUCUGAUUGCACAGGACUCAGAGUUUGCGCUAUGCAACGUUCCGACUUAUUUUAGCUCCCACGCUCUCAAGCUCUCCUGGAAUGGCAAGAAUCUGACCACUCACCAGUACCUGCUAUCAGAGGCAGCUCGCCAGCUCGGCCUCAAGACCCAGCACCUGCCCAUCUUUGCUGCUCUUCUUGGUAACCACAUUCUGCCAGAUGAAGACUUGGCUGCCUUUCAUUGGAGUCUGUUAGGCCCUGAACACCCUCUUGCCUCCCUAAAGGUAAGGGCUCAUCAGUUAGUGCUCCCUCCAUGUGAGGUUGUUAUUAAGGCUGUAUCUGAGUAUGUGGCAUCCAUCAAAGAUCUUGGGAAUUUAGAGUCGGUGGCCAAGGAUGUUUUCAAGCAGUCACAGUCACAAACUGAAGAUAAAAUUGAGAGGUUUAAGAAGGCAGUGGAAUACUUUUCAGCGGCCAGUAAACCAAGACCUCUCUCCAUGGGACCUUCUCCUUACCUCUUUCCUGGCUUUGGGCCUAGUCAGUUUAGCGGACCUCCAGGCCACAUGGGGGCAAUGCAGCCUGUAAAAGCUCAGUUUGGUCCACCCCAGGUGUCAGGUGUUAAGGUGCCUUAUCCAGGUGGGCUCUACGGACCCAGCCUUGCCAGUGGUCCAGCCCUUUUAUGCCAGAACCCAACUCAGCCUCUGCAGGACUGUAAUGACACACUAGUUGGGAAAAUGGGCUUUGCUGAUUGGUCUGCUCCAUAUGAUUCCUCUCAAGGUGGCAGCCGACAGCCCAAUCAUCACACUGCUGCUCCUACAGGCCCCUCCCCCUCAUCAUCAUCGUCUUCAGAUGGGGAGGAGCAAAAUGACACCAGCACUAAUCAUUUGGCUGACAAGUCUACAAGAUGGGAAGAUCCCAGUGGAAGGGGCAGCAGUGGCUCUGGAGACGGGCACCAUGGUAAUGGAAGUGGGCCGUCCAUUCCAUCAUUGCUGUCCAUGCCAACUCGGAGUCACAUGGACAUCACAACGCCACCCCUUCCACAGGUCAGUGCCGAGGUGCUGAGGGUGGCAGAACACAGACACAGAAGAGGACUCAUGUAUCCACAGAUCUACCACAUCCUGACCAAGGGGGAGAUGAAGAUGCCAGUGUGUAUAGAAGACGAGUGCAACCCCGACCUUCCUCCUGCUUCCCUACUUUUCCGUUCUGCCCGCCAGUAUGCCUACGGGGUGCUUUUCAGCUUGGCUGAGACCCAGCGGAGGCUGGAGAGACUGGCCAUGCGCAAGCGUAGUCCAAUUGACGUGCCUCCAGUGAUUGUAAAGGAGUGGUGUGCCAGUAAAGCUAAAUCUGCCCUGACCCCAGAGCUCGUUCCAGCCCUUUGUUUCCGCGAGUGGACGUGUCCCAACCUGAGGCGGUUGUGGCUGGGCAGAGCGUCUGAGGACCGUAGCCGCCGUACACGAGCCUUCCUAGCCUGCAUGCGCUCUGACUGCCCUGCCCUGCUCAACCCGACCUGUGUGCCAUCUCACCUGCUGCUCAUGUGCUGUGUGCUCAGGUAUAUGAUGCAGUGGCCGGGUGGUCGCAUUCUUCAGCGCCAUGAGCUUGAUGCCUUUUUGGCUCAAGCUGUGUCCAACCAGCUCUAUGAGCCUGACCAACUUCAGGAACUCAAGGUGGAGAAGGUGGAUAACCGUGGGGUGCAGCUGGCCUCUCUGUUCAUGAGUGGAGUGGACACUGCCUUGUUUGUGAAUGAUGUAUGUGGACAGCCCUUGCCAUGGGACCACUGCUGUCCUUGGGGCUUUUUCGAUGGGAAGUUGUUCCAGAGCAAGCUAGCUAAAGCCACCAGAGACAGAGCCUCCUUACUUGAUAUGUGUGAAGGCCAGGAGGAGCUGGUUUCGAGAGUGGAGAAGAUGCGCCAGUCCAUUCUGGAAGGCAUCAACCUGUCCCGGCCGCCUCCCCCACCUCCACCACUGCCACCCCCUGCAUUCCUCCCCCCUACCAUGGUGCCCCCUUUCUACCCCAUGCAUCCUCUAUACCCUCCUCGCCCCCUGGGCUCUAUGCCUCCUCCUCCUCACCAUCACCACCAGCACCGGCCCAGGGCCUUCCCAGGAUUCCAGUCUAUACCUCCCCAGGGUGGCAAGCUGGAAAUAGCUGGCAUGGUUGUUGGUCAAUGGGCUGGGAACAAACCAGUCCGUGGCAGAGGCAAUAUGCAGGUGGUGUCAGUUGGAGGAAAAGGGGGUAAAGAAUUGACACUGAAAGGAAGGGGAGGGAAGAAAGUGACCACCAACAGAACACAGACUCUGUCCUCUUCACCACCCUCCUCCAGCCCCCCGAAACUCACUGAAGAUGCUAAAGUGGUGGAGCGGCCCACGGAGGGAAUGGGGACCGUGUCGCAGCAGCUGAACGGCAGCUCUUCAGGAAGCGCCACUGGUCAAGCUCUUGACCUGCCACCACUGGCCCAGCCAAUCCAGUGUGCCUUAGCCAGCAGAGACAACCAGUCAGGAGAUGGGGUGGAGGUAGAGGCCUCUUGUUGCCUUGAUGACUGCCCAUCAGAUGGUGCACUACAGAAAGAGGAGUAAUUACAUCCCAUAAUGUAAUAAGAAUGAGAGAGUGAGAGGGAAUGAUCUAAGGUCGACUGCCUUUUCUUUGCAAAAUUGAAUAUUUAGGGCACAGUAGCCACUUUGUGUUGUCAUGGUGUAAUUUAUGAUGCUGCGCAUGCUGGAAACGACAGCUGGACAGUGUCAGGAAUGCGGUCUAUGUGUCACCUUAAGAGCCGGGUCUGGUUUAAAACUGAGUGAGUUUAAAUCACAACCCUUCGCCCAAACUGAAUCUUCGGAUUCUGGACCUCAUCCUUUCCACUGGCCCAUCAAUGUUGUAGCAUCGUGAAAAGCUCUCAAGUCUUUUUAUUUCGACACCUUUUCUUUUCAGACCUUAGUACAUUGACGUUGACCUUAUAUGUAUGAUUGCCUAAAAUAGCUACGAGAAACCCGAAUUGCCCAAAGUGUAUUUGAAAAUUGACCUAAUCGAAAUACUUGCACGUGUCAAGUAGCACAGAAGCACCUGCUCUAAAGUUUCCACCACACAGCAAAGAAUCACACUAUUUUGUACUACACAUGGCUGUGUCUGCAGUGUACCACAUAGGGGAGGAUUCAAAUCAACACUGCCCUGAAUACAGUAGACGAGUGGAAACUGACGGAGAACACUGGUUGUAUUUGUAUGUCACAGUGUGUAUUCACACACACAUGGUAGUCCUUUUCUUUUUUUUUUUUUUUUUUUUUUUUUUUUGCAUUUUAUCUUAUCAAAGAGUGAUUUACAUGUGGAGAAGUUGCUAUUGUCUUCAGCACAGGGGCCACGGGCGGCCCGAGAAGUCCAAGCUCAGAGAGGCGUACGAGUAACGACGUGUAAAUUGAAGGGAAUGAUUCGUACAGGUUACAAUCUGCAUCGCCUAGCUAGCUCUCCUCUGUUGUGUUCUCUCACAUGUAGACAAUCUUCUUUUAGGCCCACAUCCCCUUGAAGAUUCACAGCAGUACUCGAGUAGUUCUAAAAUCAAAAUAUUUAAAGCACCUUAAGCCUAAUAUUAAAUAUAUGCAACCCCCCUCCACCUCGACUGAGGAAGAAAUACCCUUCAAAAUUGAUUGUAUUGUAAUGUAAAGCACUUAAAAUAUUAUUUAUGAUAGUACUGCGCUAAAUAGUUAAUUGGUUAAUGUUAAGCAGCAGGCCAUCAUUUCUUUUGACAGUUUAACUGUCCAGAUACACUUUACCUUGCGUGUUGUUUACCAGUAUGACGUACAAAUCGACACCAACGCAUUUGAAUGUGAGAACGGAGUGCGUGGAAAGCUGCACUUGGUUUUAAAACCUAAAAUACACUGGGUUGUCCUCGAACCAGGAUAAAGAAAAAUCGAGGCCUCUGGCAGAGUUAGGGAGGAAGCAGUGUGUUCGGAGAGAACCGUGAUACUGUUUGACAUCCCAGCCGUUUGUAUAUAGACCCAAAUGUACAUGAUCCUGUUACGCAAUGGCGUAAUUUAGGGGAGUGAUUUUAUCAGUGGUUGAGAAUGCACACAGUCCCUCAGACAAACCUGCCAUUUGAUAUCUCUCUGCUUCACAACAUUUUGCUUUUGGAUUUUAGCAGCUCUUUUUUUUUUUUUUUUGGCCCCUCGUUCAUGUCUUCUCUGUGCCUUGUGCAUGUGUACCAUGUGGAUGCUUUUUUGUACAUGUGCAUUCUCCCACCAUCGCUAAAAUCAUUGUAGUUUUGUUACGGUCGAAAGAAAUGAAUCGAACGAACCUUAGGAUUAACUUUUAUUGUGACAGUCAUUUAAAAAAAAAAAAAAAAAAGUGUGCUUCACCAGACUGUUUCGUGAUCAGUUCGUCUCGUCUUGUUUUUGUGACAGUCCUAUGAACUCAUGCACUUCUAUGUUCAAAACAUUAUUUCUAUUGAGGCGAAUAGGCUUUAAAAUGAUAACGAAUGAAACACAUUGGAAGAUUAAAGCUGCGCUUGCCGUUAUAUUGACCAUUUUGAAUCAGAUGGUUAGGAGAUUAAUUUUACUUACAUGUUAAUGUUUUAAAUGCAUUUUAAAAACAAAAUACAUGUUUUGUACCAAUGAUUUUUUGGACAUAAUGAAUGAGAAUUUAAUUUUAAGAAUAACUAAUACACGUGAGAGGCUAUUGCAUUUAAUCAUAGUUUAAGAUCUGUACAAUUGACAAUGUCAGGAUUAAAUCACAGCUUUCUAUUGAAGUUAUAA